AUGGACCGUUCUAGGAAAAAGCGUACUAGUGGAGAGGUUGUGCUUCGGAGGUCUAAAGCACUCGACCUAGGCUUCAACCUGAGCGUAGUGAUUCCACAACCACCCACCAACACCGAUCCCAGUUCUUCUAGCCAGAGCACCGCAGACGCCCUCAUGAUUGAAGGAGCCCCCCUAUCGCCUCCAGCAUACUUUAUAUAUCUUCCUCCAGAACUAAUUAACAGGAUCCUUGCGUCAACUGGACUCUCCAACAGAGAUCUUGUCAACCUCGCCCUCGUCAAUAAACAAAUCAACGAAGAUGCAUCAGGAGCCUUUCUCGUGAACGCAGACGCCCAACCAGCCAUUCCUGCGCACUGUUUAAGGUUGGCCCGCGACCCCGAUCUAGGCCAACAUGUACGCAAACUUCACGUGUCCGAGAUCCACAAGCUCCAUCGUCCUCUUGUAACAUGUCUCCCAGUUAUGAUCGAUAAUAUGCCACACCUUAGUGCUUUCGAAUGGGACGUUAUAUCAGGGAUGGACAUUGAAUCUUCGAAUAUGAUCUUGGAUGCCGUGCGUGAUGCCACUGAAUUGCGAUCACUAAGAAUCGGGGCGAAAGUAGGAGUCAACUUUACCGACAAUCACAUUCAACUUUCUGGAUUUCAAAAUCUUCACGACUUUUCUUUCCGUGUACUAAACUCCAUACAUGACGAUACUGCACGAGUUAUUAUGCAGAUUAUUUUGUCUAUUGUUGCUGCUUCCCCUGACCUGUCCUCGCUGGAUGUGCGAGUUCCUGCCUAUGGAUCGAUUGGAGAUGCUUUGCAUCGCCGGGUUCACAUACCGGAGCCCGUUCUUGCUGGCUUCCUUUCGCGACAUGCCGGUAUUCGCGCCCUGCGUCUCGAUAUCCGUGGUACACAAUCCGUUGGACUCGCCGUUCUAGGUAUCCCGCGUCAUGCGCUCUCAGCUUUACGUAUAUUCAAAGGCACCCUUUCUAAUAUCCUCGAAAUCAUUGACGAACACUCGAUGAGACGCUCGCUCAAGGACGUUCGUUUGAUUAAUGGCAGUUGGCUCGGGUUCGGACACCAUGGAAUCUCGAAGCCUGUAGGGCUCAGAUUGAUGAAGGGCUUGGCCGUCCAUCGUGGGAUGCACACAUUGCAUGUAGAUGCUGUGCCGCUGGACAUGGACGUAGAGCUCUUGAGGGCCGCCGCAACUGCAUGUCCGGGCUUGGAAUCGCUGCGCUUUAGAUGGCCAAAGCGCCUAGAACACACCUAUGAGGAGCUAGCGCAAGCUUUGAGUAUUUUCCCUCGGCUCGUUAGUGUUGCCGUCCGUGUCCCCGACCUGAGUGAUACCCUCCACCAUUCCGAUCCCAUGCCUAUGCCUGAAGUCGAUCCUAACCCCCAAAUUGCGCCCAGCAGUCGCAAACGAUACGAGCUCCCCAAAGCUGUAGCACGACAGCCGGUGUAUACACUAAUGCCUGUGCAUGUCGAAGAAACCGACGGAGUGCAAAACGUGGCCGGUUGGAUGGUUGCUCAUGCUUGUCGAAGGCUAGAAGUCUUUCAUAUUCUGCCACCGGUACACAACGGGCAAGUUGUUAAAACUGUGUCUGGGUACACCAUCAGGAUUACACGCUGGGCCGGAUAUGACCUGUGCGACGUGGAGGAAGCCUCCCCUGCGGAUGCAGCGCUAGAACAGGGGUGGACCGACGAACUACUUGAUGAAAUUUGCAGGGGAUAG